CGAUCCCUUGCUGUCUUGGGGGCGAUGUUUCAUCAUCGUUGCUGUCGUGUUGGUCUUGGGAGGACCCAUUUGAGUGGCUACAAGCCUCCGCAAUGCGGAUACACCGUUCGCCAGGUACCCGAGCGAGGGAUGUUGUUUGUCCCGGUGAUGUAACGAUCGUCGCACUAUUGCUUUCUGAGACCACCACGCGGCCGACUAUCGAUUGUCAGACUCUUUUGGCCCUGUGGAUGUCGUCAGGUUUGGGAGCCCCUGUGGGGGAGGAAAAGGAUGACGUUCAUGGUCUGCGAAAAUCUGAUUUGCUAGGCGAGGCUGUGUCUUGGUCGGACUGGGGCUACCUAGAUAGUAUUCUAAGAAUCUUCAGAUGUGGAUGCUCGCUUGUUGUUUGUUUUGUUCCUGACCCAUGGAACCGAAGUCGGAUAGCAAAGUUGGCACUUGGCAGGCAGAAUGGAGAAAUGGAGAAAAAUAGAGUAAAGGGAGCCAUCCUGAAGCUGCAUUGUACUUUUUCGCCUUGUUUAGCGCCGAUCACGAGACUGGCACCUGAUACUUCCAUCUUCCCCCUUUUGGUCUCACACUCUUUCCUUGUCUGCCUCGACAUUCUUAUAGUUCUUACUUAGUUGCACUCGCUCUGCUUUAGCGUCAGCCACUCCGCUAAUUUGCUUCUGUCAGUGUUCGAAUCUUCCGCAUAAAUCACCGGCUAUAUUAGGCGCCGAUCAUCCACAAGCUUGAUCGCGCCACUGAGAUGCACUGACGUCUGCAGAACUUGUUGCAGACAGCCUCAUGGCUAAGGCUGUGUUGUGUGUCGGCCGAUUCUCAUGUCUGACAAUUUAUUCGGCCCCUGCAAUGGUAGGGAGG